AUAAAAGAACCAUUACUAACAUCUUCAUCUACUAUCAUAAAAGAACCAUUACUAACAUCUUCAUCUACUAUCAUAAAAGAACCAUUACUAACAUCUUCAUCUACUAUCAUAAAAGAACCAUUACUAACAUCUUCAUCUACUAUCAUAAAAGAACCAUUACUAACAUCUUCAUCUACUGUCAUAAAAGAACCAUUACUAACAUCUUCAUCUACUAUCAUAAAAGAACCAUCACUAACAUCUUCAACUAGUGUCAUAAAAGAACCAUUACUAACAUCUUUAUCUACUGUCAUAAAAGAACCAUUACUAACAUCUUCAUCUACUAUCAUAAAAGAACCAUUACUAACAUCUUCAUCUACUAUCAUAAAAGAACCAUUACUAACAUCUUCAUCUACUAUCAUAAAAGAACCAUCACUAACGUCUUCAUCUACUGUCAUAAAAGAACCAUUACUAACAUCUUCAUUUACUAUCAUAAAAGAACCAUUACUAACAUCUUCAUCUACUGUCAUAAAAGAACCAUUACUAACAUCUUCAUCUACUAUCAUAAAAGAACCAUUACUAGCAUCUCCAUCUACUAUCAUAAAAGAACCAUUACUAACAUCUUCAUUUACUAUCAUAAAAGAACCAUUACUAACAUCUUCAUCUACUAUCAUAAAAGAACCAUUACUAACAUCUUCAUCUACUGUCAUAAAAGAACCAUUACUAACAUCUUCAUCUACUAUCAUAAAAGAACCAUCACUAACAUCUUCAACUAUUGUCAUAAAAGAACCAUUACCAACAUCUUCAUCUACUGUCAUAAAAGAACCAUUACUAACAUCAUCAUCUACUGUCAUAAAAGAACCAUUACUAACAUCUUCAUCUACUAUCAUAAAAGAACCAUCACUAACAUCUUCAACUAUUAUCAUAAAAGAACCAUUACUAGCAUCUCCAUCUACUAUCAUAAAAGAACCAUUACUAACAUCUUCAUUUACUAUCAUAAAAGAACCAUUACUAGCAUCUCCAUCUACUAUCAUAAAAGAACCAUUACUAACAUCUUCAUCUACUAUCAUAAAUGAACCGUUACUAACAUCUUCAUCUACUAUCAUAAAAGAACCAUUACUAACAUCUUCAUCUACUAUCAUAAAAGAACCAUUACUAACAUCUUCAUCUACUAUCAUAAAAGAACCAUCACUAACAUCUUCAACUAGUGUCAUAAAAGAACCAUUACUAACAUCUUCAUCUACUUUCAUAAAAGAACCAUUACUAACAUCUUCAUCUACUAUCAUAAAAGAACCAUUACUAACAUCUUCAUCUACUGUCAUAAAAGAACCAUUACUAACAUCUUCAUCUACUAUCAUAAAAGAACCAUUACUAACAUCUUCAUCUACUAUCAUAAAAGAACCAUUACUAACAUCUUCAUCUACUAUCAUAAAAGAACCAUUACUAACAUCUUCAUCUACUAUCAUAAAAGAACCAUUACUAGCAUCUCCAUCUACUAUCAUAAAAGAACCAUUACUAACAUCUUCAUUUACUAUCAUAAAAGAACCAUUACUAGCAUCUCCAUCUACUAUCAUAAAAGAACCAUUACUAACAUCUUCAUCUACUAUCAUAAAUGAACCGUUACUAACAUCUUCAUCUACUAUCAUAAAAGAACCAUUACUAACAUCUUCAUCUACUAUCAUAAAAGAACCAUUACUAACAUCUUCAUCUACUAUCAUAAAAGAACCAUUACUAACAUCUUCAUCUACUAUCAUAAAAGAACCAUUACUAACAUCUUCAUCUACUAUCAUAAAAGAACCAUUACUAGCAUCUCCAUCUACUAUCAUAAAAGAACCAUUACUAACAUCUUCAUCUACUAUCAUAAAAGAACCAUUACUAACAUCUUCAUCUACUAUCAUAAAAGAACCAUUACUAACAUCUUCAUCUACUAUCAUAAAAGAACCAUUACUAACAUCUUCAUCUACUAUCAUAAAAGAACCAUUACUAACAUCUUCAUCUACUGUCAUAAAAGAACCAUUACUAACAUCUUCAUCCACUAUCAUAGAAGAACCAUAUCACACAUCUUCAUUCUUUAAAUCAACAAACCUUGCCUCUUCAUUCAUUUCUACGGCUGUGAAACCUACACCAACUUUGUCAUCUUUGUCAUCUUUGAGCUCCGUCGUACUAGUGAAUGACAUGAAAAAAUUGCAAGAAGAUUACAAUUUUCUUGAAAAUCUCAACACGUCUGAAGUUAACAUAAAUGACGAUAAAACAAUCACAUCUAUUUUGGAUGCAGCUGCGAAUUUGAUUGCUACAAAUUCUACGUUUCAAGAGGAUGCAGGAGGAAAAGCAGUGCAAACAUUAGAAAUACUUGGGGAUUUUUUGGCACUGCAACUUGUUCUUGGAAACGAAAGCUCUGUUAUUUAUGAGAAAGUCACGAAAGAUUUGGUAUUCGGUGUUGCAGUUAUCAAUACAUCUUUUGAGAUAAAUUUUAAGUUUCCCAUCACUGAAAUGAAAGAACUUGGUGAUGAUAACAUAAAUAUUCCAAACUCUGUGUUUGGAUCUGAGUCAGAUCAGUCCUACUUUGUUGGAAUCAUUUUCAAAGCUUAUCGUGAAAUGCGUGAAAAUACAACAGGUUCAACUGUAGGAACGAAAGUUAUAAAUGCCAGAGUGUCGCCAUCACCGAGUGCUAAUCUUGUUGAACCUGUUGAAAUGUUGUUUGAAAAAAUUAAUAUGAACUAUGGUACGAUUUGUUCACUUUGGAUUGAAAAUGAAAACUUGAUUGGUGAUUAUGGCAGAUGGUCUAGUCGAAAUUGCUCAAGAAAAUAUGAAAACGAUACACAUAUUCUUUGUCAAUGUAAUCAUUUUACAAAUUUUGCUGUACUUUUCAGAGUCAGUGAUGACCAGGAUUCAUUUACUUUGUCUAUUAUAACUUACGUUGGUCUUGGUUUUUCGAUUGUCGGAUGUUUUUUAACUUUUCUUGUUUAUACGAACUUGAAGAGCGUAAAAACAGAGAGAGUGACAGUUCAUAUAAAUCUUGUUUUCGCACUUGGUCUUGCUGAUGUCAUUUUUCUAGUGACUAUUGCUUUAGAACCAGACGGGAACUAUUGUCUAGCAGCAUCCAUGUUGGCAUUUUAUUUCUACCUUGCCGUAUUUUUUUGGAUGUUGGUCGAAGGUGUUUAUAUAUAUUUGAUGGUCGUUGAAGUCUUUCGUGGUAACGUCACCAGAAAAAGGAAAAUUGCUUACCUAGUAGGGUGGGUAUUACCGCUGUGCAUAUCACUUGCAACCUGGGCUAUAAUGAGAGACGAUAUUCUUUCAAAAUAUCAUUGUUGGCUGUCUGUGGAAACUGGAGCGAUUUGGUCUUUUGUUGCUCCGGGUUUAACGGUUAUAUUUAUCAACUUUAUCAUUCUUUUAAUUGUAAUAAAGAAAUCUUGGAAGAAAUUUGUAAAUGAUAAAGAAUACAAUGGAUUGAAGUCAGCAAUGAAAACAUUUGCUGCAAUCAUUCCACUGUUAGGGAUAACUUGGAUAUUUGGUGUUAUGACGUUCAACGAAUCAUCUCUGGUUUUUCAAUAUAUUUUUGCUGCUACAAAUUCCGUUCAGGGAGCUUUGAUAUUUUUCCUCUAUUGCAUUAUUAAUAAUGAGGUUCGAAAUGAAUUGAAGCGAAAGUUUGCAAACUGGCAAACACGUCGUGAUGUGUCGUCUUCAGCCGGUGGUGGUCGUAUGUACAACGUGCGACGUCACAAUGACGCAAUAUCGUCAGAGAAUUACACUACAUUUAAUCGGACAACUUCAUUGGAGCAUACUCCCGUUGUUGUUCCUGUUUAUCCAUUAGCUGAAGUGAAUAAAGUGUAUGUGGACGAAUAAGGACUACAAAAAGUCAGAAUGGUGAUGUUUUGUGCAUUAUGUCUUGGGAAGCAAAAUGGUGAAAAAAAGUUUUCAUCUCAAAGACUGAGAAAGAAUUAGUUAUGAACGUCGAAACGUUCUUAUAGGUGAGCUGGAAAGACUUGAGACGAAUGUGUACGGUACUUGGUAGAUCAUCGCAAUUAUUCUUUGCAAUAUCCACUUGUUUUCUAGGUUUGAUUUUGUUCUCAUGAUUGAGACUUAUUUUGAACUUAUGAUACAUUGUAAAGUGUAUAGUUAUUUGUACAUAAGAUAUUUAUUGAAGACUAACACCAAUGACAUUUUCAUCGUUCUCACUUCAACUUAACCUGUUUGUUCCUGCUCAUAGUAGCAGCAAUUUGCUAAGCACAUAAAGAAAACUGAAAACAUUUUAAUCAAUAAUUUAAUAUUUAAUAACUAAUGCAUAAUAUUUAAUGAAUAACUGACCAAUAAAUGUGCAUUUUGUCAAAAUAAAUUUCAAGUUGUUGACGAGUGGA